GAUGCCUCGCGCGCGAUCCACCGCCGCGCUCGUCGCCGUCGCGCUCGUCGCGCGCGUCGCGACGACCGCCGGCGCGGCGCUCGCGUCGUCGUGCGCGCCGCCUCGAUUCUCGUGCGCGAGCGCGCGCGCGACGGUGGACGACGCGUCGAAGUGCCACGCGUCGUUUCGGUGCCGAAUCGUCUGCUCGCCGAGCGCGUCGUGCGUCGAGACGUUCACGAUACGCGCGGGCGAGGCGACGCUGCCGACGGGAGAGACGGUGACGUUCAACGCGUCGACGCGGGAGAGAUCGGCGCUGGGACCGACGACGUACGGAGGGGACGCGGCGUGCAGCGCGGUGGGAUGCGACGCGUACGCGACGCGACUGACGACGCAAAACGCGGCGCUGACGGAGAGGUACGACGGGAAGUUUUGCGAGGUGAGGGAGACGAGCGAGCGGUGCGCGCUGGAGGGGGCGCCGAAGGAUGGGUCUUGGACGGAGUUUACGGUGACGAUGAAGUGUCGGAAUAAGAUUUUGCCGUGCGGCGCGCGAGCGGUGGCGGAGAUUGAUUUCCUCGGCGUCGUCGGGUCGGUCGCGCCGGGCGCGCCGAGCCCGCCGACGCCGCCCGACGCGCCGCCGAUGCCGCCGAAACCACCGCCGCCGCCGCCGCCGCCGUCGACGUUCGCGAAGGGCGGCGCCGGUCGGGCGGCGCUUCGCGCGGCGCUCGUCGUCGCGUUGAGCGCCGUCGUCGCGUACGCCGCGCUCGGCGGCGCGUACGUCUGGGCGCUCGAACGCGGCUGGGUCGAGGGCAUCGCCGAACCGUGCUGGGAGCGCGACGGUGCGUUUUGCGAAUUGCUGUGGUGUUGGUGCGCGCCCGCGUAUUGGCGCGCGAGCGACGAGGAGUGCCUCGCCGCGUACGAAGGUCGCGCCGCCGCCGAAACCGCGACGCGCGAGGACGUCGCGCAAACCACCGCGCCUUUAUUAGGCAACGCGUCGUCCGACGACGACGACGACGACGCGUGACCGACGCGCUCGCUCUUGUAAAACACGAAUUGUUUCCCGCGA